CUGAAGGAGUGAGCGUACUUCAUCUCCAUCACGUAGAAAUACCCAAAGUGCUUCAGACGUGAAUGGAAACUGCUGCUGUUGGGAAACAAAUUGAGAAAUUUUCACUGAAGUUGCUUAAUCGCAGUAAUCCGGAUGCCCGAGCAGCUCUUUGUUGUUCUGAGGGUUGACGACAGCAAUGAGGGUUCAGCUGCGGCCAAUCGGAGCAGCUCUGACCAACUCUGACUCCGCCUCCCACGCAAGCAUCUGACACUUCCUGCGUUUCUACACUUUAAAAAGUUCUGUGCUUGCUGUGCUAAGAGUUAAGAUCUUCGAUUUGGGAAUAUAAAAGUUAUUUCUCUUAUGUAUUGAACCGAUCAUGUUCGGGACAUAUUAACAGUGUGUGAUUGGCAACACAUGAGGCAGGUCCACGCUGAUCAGUCACUCUGUCCUGCACCUGUCCACAGGUGUGCAUCACGCCUCUGUCCCUCAGCCGCUCACAGAUCUGACCCUGGACCAGCCGUUAUUAAUCGCCUGUGCUCCUCCCACUCAGACCAUAAAAGCAGCUCUGAGGAGACGGCUGGACUUUACUCCCCUCAGCAUGUUCCCCCUGCGGCUGCUCGCUCUGAUCUUCAUCUCCUCAGCGAGAGGACAGGAGGAGGAGGAGGCAGACGGGCAGGCACGAGGCGGGACGGACAGGAAGUGUGAGCUGACCCUCAGGAGGGGAGACCUGCUGGAGGUUCCCAGGACUCUGUUCACUCACUUCGGGAUCUACCUGGGCGGAGGCAGAGUCGCUCAUUUCAUCCCGGACAUCAUGCCCGUCGUCUGCGGCGACCACAGUCGGAUCAAACGGAUGGUCACCAACAACAGGCUCAUACUGGGAGUCCUGGCCAAGUGUGGCAGCAUCAGGGUGGACCCCGUGGACGACUUCGCCUAUGGCUCACGGAUACUCGUCAACACCAUGGACAAGGUGUGCAGCCGCCCGGCGCUGCAGGGGGAGGAGGUGGCCAGGAGGGCCGAGAAGCUGCAGGGUCACGUGACCUACAGCCUGCUGUGGUACAACUGCGAACACUUCGUCAUGUACUGUCGAUACGGCACCGUCAUGAGCUUCCAGACGUUUCAGUUCUGUAAGACAGUGAGGAAGUUGCUGCUGAGUCGGCGCGUUGCCAAGGCGACGGCGGUGCUGGGGGCGUGUCUGCUCCUCUACCUGAGAGCCGUGAACACCUGCUCCGCCCUGCUGGCCGUCCUGCUGCCUUUUCUCGUCUGGAUGGCCUCCUAAACACACGGACACCAGUGAACUAUUACUAUUAUUAUUUUUGUUGUAAUAAUAAUAAUUCUCACUAUUAUUCAGUGAAUACGUAAGAUCAGGACGCAUUGUUGUCGUUUGAGGUCUGCAGUCUAACGUGAUGAAAAUUUACAAACACGUGAGGUUAACGUGUAAAAAAGUAAACCAGUGACAGUCUAAUAAACAUCUUUUUCUGAUA